AGUCGUACAUUUUGAGGUUAAGUCGGGAGUGAUUUGUGUAUUUUCUUUGAUUUUUCUUUGCAUUACUGGUAAAAUGUCAUCAUCGUCGUCUUCAGAAAACGAACAAUUACUGUGGAGAGAUAGUAGUGACAGUGAAUCUUCGUCUGAUACAUCAGAAGAUGAAUUAGCAGGAAGGUUACAAAACAGAAUUUUUAGAACUGCUAGAAAUUUUAGAGCCCGUGUUGAUCACUUUACCAGAUGGAAUGAAGAUGAAUUCAGAUUAAGAUUUCGUCUUAGCAAAAACACCGUAAUUAUAUUGGAGGAAAGAAUAAGGGACAAUAUCGCCCCAAAUACAGAAAGGAGCUUCAAUAUGGCCUUCAGCUCAUCAAUAGUUGGUCCACCACCAGUUCUAUACAAACUUUGCCUUUUCUGUGCCUCAUACUUACGAACGUCUUUCUUUAAAUUAUCAUAUUUACAACGAAAUUGGUCAGCUGUUCGAGGCUCUGUGGUACCAGAGUUAUAA